GGCGGCUCUCCGGGUCCCCCAGCCCGUGGGGUCGUCCCUGAGGAGGAGUUCUGUGGCUCUUGUCAAAAUGAGAAAGUGACCAUCAGCACUUGGCUUGGUAUUCCUGUCAGCAGAGCCUCCUGGAGCCAGUGCUUAGCCCAGCUGAAGCCAGAGGAGGAAGGAGGAGAAGCGCAGCCUGAUCAGGAAUGUUCACCCUUGCAGAAGUUGCAUCGCUCAAUGACAUCCAGCCAACCUAUCGUAUCUUGAAACCAUGGUGGGAUGUGUUUAUGGAUUAUCUAGCAGUUGUAAUGUUAAUGGUUGCCAUUUUUGCUGGAACCAUGCAGCUGACCAAAGACCAGGUGGUCUGCUUGCCCGUUUUGCAGUCUACUGUAAAUUCAAAAGCACAACCUGGCAUGUCAGGGAAGGCUGACUUUACCACUGUUGAAACAACCACUGGUCAAGGAGAAGACAUGUCAAUGAGAACGGUUUCCUUUGAAAGUGCAUCUACGGUAACACCUAAUGUACAUCUGAGCAGACCUGCCUCAGAUCAGUUUCAACCCCCUGAGUCGGGCCAGCAGCUGAAGAAGGAGCAGAAAGAUUCUUCAGGCCGUAAAACAAAUUUGGAUUUUCAGCAAUACGUAUUUAUUAAUCAGAUGUGCUACCAUUUGGCUCUUCCUUGGUAUUCGAAGUACUUUCCCUAUCUGGUUCUCAUCCAUACUAUCAUUUUAAUAGUCAGUAGCAAUUUUUGGUUCAAGUAUCCCAAGACUUGCUCAAAAAUUGAGCAUUUUGUGUCUAUAUUAGGGAAGUGUUUUGAGUCCCCAUGGACUACAAAAGCAUUGUCUGAAACGGCAUGUGAAGACUCGGAGGAGAACAAACAGAGGUUAACUGGUGCCCAGUCCCUGCCCAAGUACGUCUCCACUAGCAGCGAUGAAGGAAGCCCGAGUGCCAACACUGCCAUGAUUACAAAGUCUGGCUUCAAAUUUUCAGCAGACAAGCCAAUGAUUGAGGUUCCCAGUGUCACUAUUUUAGAUAAGAAAGAUGGAGAGCAAGCCAAAGCGCUGUUUGAGAAAGUCCGCAAGUUCCGUGCUCAUGUGGAAGACAGUGAUCUGAUCUACAAGCUCUAUGUUGGCCAGACCAUCAUCAAGACUGUCAAGUUCAUAUUUAUUCUCUGCUAUACUGCAAACUUCGUCAACACUAUUAGCUUUGAACACAUAUGCAACCCAAAAGUGGAGCACUUGAUUGGCUACACACAGUUUGAAUGUACGCACAACAUGGCUUACAUGUUGAAGAAGUUGCUUAUCAGCUAUAUUUCCCUCAUUUGUGUGUAUGGUUUUAUCUGUCUCUACACACUCUUCUGGCUGUUCCGAAUACCUCUGAAAGAAUACUCCUUUGAAAAGGUCAGAGAAGAGAGUAGCUUCAGUGAUAUUCCCGAUGUCAAAAAUGACUUUGCGUUUCUCUUGCAUAUGGUAGAUCAGUACGACCAGCUGUAUUCUAAGCGAUUCGGUGUCUUUUUGUCAGAGGUGAGUGAGAACAAGCUCCGGGAAAUCAGUUUAAACCACGAAUGGACUUUUGAAAAGCUGCGGCAGCACGUUUCCCGCAACGCCCAAGACAAGCAGGAGCUGCAUCUCUUCAUGCUGUCGGGGGUCCCCGAUGCAGUGUUCGACCUGACGGACCUGGAUGUUUUGAAGCUCGAGCUGAUUCCUGAAGCAAAGAUACCAGCGAAAAUUUCUCAGAUGACAAAUCUUCAAGAGCUUCAUCUCUGCCACUGCCCUGCGAAGGUCGAGCAGACUGCUUUCAGCUUCCUCCGGGACCACUUGAGAUGCCUUCAUGUGAAAUUCACAGAUGUUGCAGAAAUUCCCGCGUGGGUGUACUUGCUCAAAAACCUCCGUGAAUUGUACUUGAUAGGCAACUUGAACUCUGAAAACAAUAAAAUGAUAGGGCUUGAAUCUCUCAGAGAGUUGAGACACCUUAAAAUUCUCUAUGUGAAGAGCAAUUUGACCAAAAUCCCCCCGAAUAUCACAGAUGUGGCACCGCAUCUGACCAAGCUAGUCAUUCUGAAUGACGGCACUAAGCUCGUGGUACUCAAUAGCCUUAAGAAGAUGACUAAUGUUGCGGAGUUGGAACUGCAGAACUGUGAACUGGAGAGAAUCCCCCACGCCAUCUUCAGCCUCUCUAACUUACAGGAACUGGAUUUAAAGUCAAAUAGCAUACGCACAAUUGAAGAAAUCAUUAGUUUCCAGCACUUAAAAAGAUUGACUUGUUUAAAGCUGUGGCACAAUAAAAUAGUUAACAUUCCUUCCUCCAUUACUCACAUAAGGAAUUUAGAGUCUCUCUAUCUCUCCAAUAACAAACUCGAAUCCUUACCAGCCGCAGUGUUCAGUUUACAGAAACUUAGGUGUUUAGAUGUAAGCUACAACUCCAUCGCGUUGAUUCCGGCAGAAAUAGGUUUGCUUCAAAAUCUGCAGCAUUUCUACAUCACGGGAAAUAAAAUCGACACUUUGCCAAAACAGUUGUUUAAAUGUGUUAAAUUGAGGACUUUGUGUCUGGGACAAAACUGUAUUACCUCAAUCCCAGAUAAAGUUAGUCAACUGUUGCAGCUGACUCAUCUGGAACUGAAGGGAAACUGCUUGGAGUAUCUGCCAGCCACUCUGGGGCAGUGUCAGCUUCUCAGGAAAAGCGGGCUCGUGGUGGAAGAUCACCUUUUUGACACUUUGCCCUCAAAAGUUAAAGAGAUGUUGAAUCAAGACACAAGCAUUCCUUUUGCUAAUGGGAUUUAGGCUGAGGUGAAACGCUUGGUAGCAGACUUCCAAAUGGCAAAUGCUGAGAAGCAUGGCAGUUGUUGAGACCAUGCAUUUUAGAAAGCAAAAUUCCUUGGGAGGCAGGGCUACUAGCAGAAUUAGAAGAGGUGUAACUGAGUGUUCAAUGUUUGCAGUGUUUUAAAAGAUUCUUUCCAAAAUUUUUGAAAGGAUAAAGAACCUUAAUAAUCUCAAUUAUUUUUUCCUUAAAUUGUUUGUAACUUGGAUGCUGCCGCUUUUGAAUGUUUACAAAUUUGCUUGCCUGCUUAAAGUAAAUGAUUAAAUUGACCUUUUCUUACUAUGCAAGUUAGUCCUUAAGGUCUGGAUUUACUUUAGUGCAUUAUGGGGGGCGGGGAAACAAGGACAAAUGUUGUAUGUGGUAUGGUUCUAACAGCACUUGGAACACAUGGUAACGUGUGUUGUUAGUGUUUAGCCAUUCUCAGCAAAUUAAACCAGUUUGGCUGUGCUCCUGAACUGCACCAGAUUCACUGUUUUCCUGCAUUAAGGUAUGUGGUUUGCAUCAGGCCCAGUGUGUUCGCCUUCAUUCCUCAUUCUCAAGGCCUCAUGUUGUUGGAUGAGGUUCCUCCUGUGGUUUAGUGUGCUAUUCCUUCACACCUGCAAAGACUGGUCUCACCUCUGCAGCUGGUUUUCCCUUCAGCUUCUGUAAUGUCCCUCUGUCCCACACAGCAGUGGGUGGUAAAAGCGAGAAUACUGGCACUUGGCUUUCUAGUUGGGGAUAGUUUUGAACUGUUUUCAAGGUGACUUUGAAAGCCAUUAAACACCAAGUGACUUCACUGCUCAUGUUCUGCCACUCUUCUGAGUUUUCAUCUGGUAAAUCUUAAGUUGGUGAUUGUAUUAUUUCACAGCCCUUGCUUAAGAACUGGUGCAUCUGCUCCAUUUACUGGACUAAUGACAGAGACAUAAGAGGUACGAUUUACCCAAACAGGAUUUAGCUUUAUCACCUAUUGUGGUAUGGCUUCCACACCUGGUCUUAAACCAUAGAACCACUCUGCUUCCCCCACCCCAGCCCAAGUAGUUUGAUGUUUUUUAAUACUUAUGCACUGUUAGAGAACCCUAACUGUGUGCCAGAGAAUUUAUCAAACAAAUAAAGAAGAAAGCAGAGAGCAGUAAG